AUGACCACUCGUGCAAUACACCUGGAAGUCGCACCGUCACGAGAAACUGACGAUUUCAUUAAUGUUUUGCGACAAUUUAUCGCCCGACGUGGAACCCCGAAAGAAAUACGAACGGACUGUGGCACGAACUUCCGUGGGGCUGAUAAAGAGUUAAAAAGUGCAACGAAAGCUUGGAGUGAAGAUCGUCUUGAAGAUCAAUUAUCCCAGCGAGGAAUUGACUGGAUAUUUCACCCACCGAAUGCACCGCAUUUCUCUGGUGUGUGGGAAAGGCUAAUAAGGGAGACAAAACGUGCACUGAAAGCAAUCUUCGUCGCUUGA